AUGCAGGGUUUGGGUACAACCGCGGAGUCACGCUCUGGUGCUGCGAAGAAGCAUGCAGAAGAGGUGGCUGCGGGAGGGACAGCUGCGGGUCCCCCUGUGAUUGGUGAGAAGAGGAGGCCAGAGCAGAAAGCUGCUGGUGGUGUUGAACCCAAACGUCGGAGACUAGUAACGAAAAGGUCUGCUCCGACGCAGAAAAAACCUGCGGUUGUCGUUGAGCCUCAAGAUGAAGAUUUUUCUAUCUUCGAUGCUCCGGAGUCCCCCCCGCGUGCCACGGGUGCGGGUGCAACGGAGGUGCCGUCGACACCUCCCGUCAAGGUGGUACCUGAGUCAACCGUGCAGAAGGAGGGUAGCGCAGAGAAUGCUGCGGCCCAGAUAUUUGAUACUGUCGACUCGUCCAACAAUCUGAUCUCUCCCAAUGAGGGAGACGAUUUGAGUGUGCGGUUCACUGCUACUGGGAAGCAACAUUCUGAUGCUGAACCGCAAAAAACUGGCGCUGAAUCGCGGCAGCAUGAUGCUGGGCCGCAGAAGUCUUCGGUUGAUAAGGGUACCAGCUCGUCUGCCGGUGGUGCGGGGUAUGACGGGCCUCCAAUUCAGCCUGGGGAGUCUGAAUUGGAGUAUUACUACCGCACCUACUCCCAGGAUCGCAGUACGCUGUACCAUCGACCCCCCUGGACUGUAUUGCAGGGGGAUGAUAUUGCUAACGACCCUGCGGCCUGCAGGGAGAUCUUGGGCGGUCUGGGGACCCCCUUUGAAGUUGAUCGGGCUCGUGCCGCACCGCGGGAGCUGCGUAUAAACCAGCUCUCGACCAUGUUGGUAGGGACUUCCAUUGUGGCGAAUGCCAUGUUGGAAGACUAUAAAGUUCUGAGCCGCCGUGAAGAAGAGGCUGUCCGCCUGCGGGCAGAGGCGGAAAAGCUGGUCCGAGCUGCUCGUGCGGGUGCAGAGCAGCUGGAAAAAGAUAAAGCUGCUUUUGAGAAGCAGAAGCAGACCUCUGAGUGGGCUGCCACUGUCCAAUUGAAACAGGUUCGUACCCUUGCUAAACUCCUUGCUGAUGAGCGUAAGCGUUGGGAGGAAAUUUCAUCCAACGAGCGCAAGAAGUGGAACGAAUCUUGGGCUAAGCAGAACAAUCUUCUGUUUCAUACUCGGCAGGAGCUAGCAAACGCCAAGGCGGCAAAUGUUGCCUUGGGCAAUGAAAAAGCUGCGGCUGAGGCCGCGUCGGCUAAAGCGCUGCAGGCGAAGGACGAGGCCCUGAAGGCGCUUGAAGAGGCCAAAGAGGCCGGGGCUCGUGCUGCGAAGGCCCUUGAGGAGGCAAACGUGGAGCGCCUCCGUUUAGACCAAGUCGUUACCAGCUUGCAGGCUGAUGUUCAAGCCCGGGAGGUCGCGGUUACAGAUCUUACUGCCCGCGUGUCUGCUGCGGAGGGACGUGCUGACUCCGCUGUGGAGGCCAAGGAUGCCUUGGUGUCUUCCCUUAAUCAGUUGGAGGCUGACCGUGAGUGGAUGCGGUCAUGCGGUAUUUCGCGCAUUGUCGAGGCUAUUAUGAAUGCCCCUGAGACUGCCGCUGGUUUGAAUCUGGUCCGGGAUCGCGCUCGGGAUGCCGGUUUUAAGGCAGGGUACAACCGCUGCAUUGGUCAUCUGAACGUGAUUACCAAGGGUAGUCAUACGGAUGAGCGAUCGGGGUUCCGUGGCGUGGAUACCGAGUCGCGCCUGAAAGCAGCCGAGGCCUCCUUCUAUGACACGUCCCUUGCCUGUAUACAGGAAUUGGACAGUUGUUUGGAUGCCGCGGACUAUGUAGACCGCUUGCGGAUGCUGUAUCCGGAUGUGGAAGAGGACGACGCUGCUGGUAACGCUAGAGAUGAUGCGGGGACCAGUGGUACAAAAUAGGGUUUAGGUUGGCCGGUGUGCCCCUUUUUUGCUGUCCUCUUGUAUAGAAUAGGAAACCUUAUGUAAAUCUUUGUAAGCAUCAUGUUGGUGCCUUAAUUUUUUGAAUAUAAGGUGUUUUGUUCCAUUAUACAAGUAUUGUCAGUUCUUGUA